UCGCGUGUCACCUUCAUACGUGCUCAUCCUGUCUCGUCUUACUACUUACCGUGAACAACUAGAAUGAAAGUGAUAAUCUUGAUCGUAGUUCUUAUAAUUUCAUUAAUUGUUAUAAUAGGUUACGUAAAUAUACUCAUCAUCAACUUCUGGAGAACCUCUAAACACAUGUCUGUGAAUAUAUCAUCUUUGUCGAACCAAGGUGUUCAGAUUGUUUCAAGAACAGCUCUGAACGACCCGAGUAACAAGCUAAACGCCGAUAAAAAGCGCCGGUCAGCUGUUGCUCCUUAUACAAGAAACAGAAUUGCAAUGGAAACCGGCCAAAACAGAUCAACCGGUCCGACCCACGUGAUCAGGAAGAUAGAAGGCAGCCCUAGAUUUCCAAACAUUCAUGAUGUUGUAUUAGAACUAGACAGCACCAAGUACUUUUGCAAUGAUUCGGAAUCUGCGGAAUGUGCCACUCUCACAUCGAUAUUCGGAGAAUCGAUUCAGAAGGAGUUGACCAGAGUUUUGACCUAUGACAGCAAUGUUUUCCGCUCUGGCGUGGAGAAGCUGAACACUUACCAUGUGCGAUUUAAUGGCUCAUAUGGGCAGCUGCGGUCGCAAGAUGAGGUGGUGUGCGCUUUGGGCCGGGUGCGCGUGCGUACGGUGACGGGGCAGGAGAAGCCGCUGGCACAGCACGGGCUGGCGGCGCCGCCCGAGCCGCUACAGCGCGGUCGCCGCUAUUCGAAGUGCGCCGUGGUGGCUAGUGCUGGUGCACUGCUUGGCUCCCGCCUCGGACGCUUCAUUGACUCGCACGAUAUGGUCGUACGUUUCAACAACGCACCUACUGAAAACUACACUGACGAUGUCGGUUCCAAAACAACUUUUCGUAUCGUUAACUCACAAGUUGUGGCCAAGACUGAAUACAACUUCCUCGAGGAUCCACUGUAUUGUAACAUAUCGAUCUUAAUAUGGGAUCCUGCCAAUUACUCUUCGAACUUGGAUGACUGGUACCGGUCACCUGACUACCCCCUGUUUCAAGUGUAUAAGAGGUUUUUGGAGUUAAAUCCAGAUGCGGAUGUCCACAUAUUGAAUCCUCAAGUACUAUGGGAAAUAUGGACUUUGUUACAAAGUUCCGCACCUAAACGAAUUCGAAAAAAUCCUCCAUCGUCUGGCUUCAUAGGAAUAUGGUUCGCACUGCAUCGCUGUGCGAACGUUCGUGUCUUCGAGUACGUGCCUAGCUCACGCGGCACAACACGCUGCCAUUACUACUCGGCGCACAAAGACCGCCAUUGUACGUUAGGCUCUUGGCACCCGCUGGCUCAAGAGAAAAUUCUUGCUAAUCUGAUGCGUAAUAACUCGGAUUUCGAUACUUAUCAACGAGGAUUUAUUAAUAUACCAGGAGUAGAGUCUUUUGACUGCCCGGAUUGAU